AUGGUUCUGUUUCUAUUUGGUUUCCGUAAUCUCAUUAAUUCUACAAAUGACACUGUAGACUUCUGGGAUGCCUUGUUGAUGCCCGAAAAACCACGAGGAGACAGAAUCUCUGGAAGAGAUGAAGGUUCUAAACACAUGGAUCUACAAGAUGACGAUGCGAGAAGUAUUUUCAUCUUGAAAGAAUCUCUGAAAGAGAUAAAGGUUCUAAACACAUGGAUUUACAAGGACGAUGCGGGAAGUACAUACUUUCAUCUUGAAAGAAUCUCUGGAAGAGAUGAAGAUCUUGCUAUUGUUCUAAUUUUACCAUCUUCCAUGGUAAGCAAUCCUGCAAUUGUACAUCCUGUGGGAGUUGUUACAGUAUCUGAUAGAUAUUUAUUAGUUAGUAAAACCAUUCUUACUGCUUCUUAA